AUGGAGAAAAGCAGUGGGAGCGGCUCGAGUCACAAACAGGCCAGCACGAGCGAUGCCACAGGCACAUCGGCGUCGACGCUGCAGGCACCGGCAGCAGGUUCAGCCCUCGUCCCAACCAUCACUUCGCCCUUCAAUUUCCCCAAAUACAGCAAAGAUGGCUCCGCGGCGGACGCCAGCCCUCCCGUGUACGACAACAUUGGAGCAUCCGGCAGCAGUUCAAAAGCUGCUCCACGGCCCAUCGCCUUUCCUCAAGUCAGCCCGGAUCCGGAUGCAGCCUUCCUCCCAGCUUAUGCCCCUGUCCUGCUCAGCUAUGGCAUCACCGAGCAGACUUGGCGCUCGUUUCUGGCCACCAUCUCUGCCUUCUUGACGGCCAAAGUAUCAGACCGUGCUCUGUCACAUGCCACCGAUGUCGCUGCGCACAUUGGCGAAAACCCCAAGAAUCUGGGCAAAAAUGUCAUCGCCCAAGCCAAGUCCAUAGGCAAGAAUGUUACGCGGGACGCCAAACGGGGAAACAUUAUCGGUGCUGCCAUGGGCCUCAUCGGAGGCUCCAUCUCGCUGCCCAUAUCGACAGCCAUGGGCAUCGUCGGCACCACUCUGUCGCUCCCCGGGUCGGCCAUGAGCGCCGUGACUAGGAAGCCGAGGACCCCCCAAGAGAGAGCGGCUACAUACGCGGCCGUUGCCAACGAGGAGUGGCUUCAUAUGCGCGGCUUGCAUGCUCAUCUAUUUGAUUCCGCGGGCUUGGCCCAUCUUUUGGGCCAGCCAUUGGACAGUUUAUUAAGCAUGGCGUGGGAGACAAAGGCGAUCGAGGCUACGAGACAGAUGAGAGCUCUGGAGCCGCUUAUUGCUGGGCUUGAGAUUGAGGAGGGGGCGCCUUUGCAGUUGAAGACGCAGACGCUGUGGCUGGUGCUAAUACCCGGGCAACCGUCCUCUUCGAGCGAAGCGAACGUAAAGAAAUGA